AUGGUAGCUCUAUGGGACCGUGUCGCAGUAGUCAGGGUACGUGGUUGUGACAGAUCCGCCCUACGACAGAGGAGCAUCAAUGCAAGCUACCUGAAGAACACCACCAGACAUCAAUGCAAGCUACCGGAAGAACACCACCAGCCCGCUGUAUCAACAACUUUGCAAUCGCGCAUGACUUCCAAUUGUCUAGUCGCAUUCACGACUGGCGUCGGGGUACAUGUACUCAAUCCACUCGUUGAAGGACUGCCACAGCCACCUCUGGUAUUCCGCCUCAUCCUGCACUCGAGGCCCCCCGCCCGCGCCUGCAUCGCCGUAAAAGUACUCGCAGAGAUGCUGACGCUCGCUCUCAACCGCUCCAAGCUGAUUGAGAAUUUGGGUCUCCGCAUGAGACACGACAUCCCCGUUCAUCUCACCUUUGCUGAUGAGAUCUGA